GCGAAAUCCAUAGCUAUAUGGGGUCGCGAGACUGCCUGUCAAGGCAAUCAUUCUUCCAGACAUCUUCACUACGUUUGCCUCCUACGUUACCACAAUUACUUUUAUCAACAUGGCUAGUAGAUCGGGAGUCAUCCUUAUCCUGGGUGCUGGUGCCAAUAUUGGACAACACGUCGCGCAACAAUUCGCAUCACAAGGGUACAAAGUCGCUUCAACCUCGAGGAGUGCGAAAAGUGCCGACAAUACCUCCGAUGCUGUACACAUUGUAGCCGACCUCUCAGACCCAGAGUCAGUUGCGGGAAUCUUCUCUCAGGUGAAAGCUUCUCUCGGGGUUCCGAGCGUGGUUGUAUACAACGCGGCUGCCGCGAGCUUCAAGGAUGCGAAGAACCCAGUAACGCUCUCCUUGGCCGAACUCUCCAAAUCCCUGAAUGUCAACACCCUGAGCGCCUAUGCUGCACUUCAAGAAGCUAUUCAAGGCUUUGAACAACUGCCCGAAACUUCCUCGCGGACCUUCAUAUAUACAGGAAAUAUUCUGAAUACUACUGUCAUGCCUCAGCUUCUUGACUUGGGAGUAGGAAAAUCAGCAACAGCUCAUGCCAUACAAGUUGCGGCGACUGCGUACUCUGAUAGAGGCUUCAAGUUCUAUUACGCGGAUGAACGAAAAGCAGAUGGCACGCCACCGUAUAAUGAUAUUGACGGCGAGGCUCACGGCAAGUUCUACGCUGAGCUUGCUAAGGGGAUGAAGCAAGGGGACUGGCAGCAAACGUUCGUCAAGGGAGAAGGAUACAAGAAAUUCUAAUUGGG